AUGUGCUUUUCUAUCAAUGGUACUGACUCUAGAGUAUGCUCUAAUGGAAGAGGUAGAUGUGUUGGGGCUAAUCAAUGUGAAUGUGAAACCAAUUAUUUUGGGUCGCAAUGUCAGUUUACAACUUGUCAAGGAAUUCAAAGUAAUGACAGCUCUGUAUGUUAUGGACACGGAUCUUGUGAAUCCUUCAACAAUUGUACAUGUUCUGAUGGUUAUGGACCUUCCAAUUCAUGUCAAUACCCUAUUUGUUUUGGAAUUCUUGCUAACAAUGCUUCCGUCUGCAACUCUUCACAAAUUUGUUUGGCACCUGACAGAUGUGUUCCAAAAGAUCCCAUUUGCUACGGCAAGUUCAAUAAUGAUUCAACUGUUUGCUCUUCACACGGUACUUGCCUUGACAAUAAUAAUUGCAAAUGCCAAAGUGGAUAUUUUGGAAAUGAAUGUCAAUUGUGGAAAUGUCAUAACAUUGAUAUGAAUGCAACCAACGUUUGUAAUGGACCAAAUGGACAAUGUUCUUCUCCAAAUAAUUGUUCAUGCACUAUUGGAUUUCUUGGAUUGGAAUGUGAAACACCAACCUGUCAAGGAAUUUCUGCAUUAAAUGUCAAGGUCUGUAAUGGAAAUGGCAGCUGUAAUGGAUUGGAUAAGUGUGCCUGUAACCAGGGAUGGUCAGGAUCUCAAUGUGAAACACCACUUUGUAAUGGAAUUUCCUCCCAAGAUUUAAAGGUUUGUUCUGGAAGAGGAGUUUGUAAAUGCAGUCCUGGUUACACUGGUGGCAAUUGUUCUCUUCCAAUUUGUUUCUCACUUGAUGCCUCUGAAUUUGGUGUUUGUUAUGGCAAUGGUAAAUGUGUAGGACCUGACACUUGUAAGUGUGACUCUCUCUUCUCUGGAAUGGAAUGUGAAACACCAACUUGUAAUGGUAAGACAGAACUCGAUGGUGGUUGUUCAUUCCGUGGUACUUGUAAUUCCUACUCUCACUUGUGUGAAUGUAAAGGAAACUUUGCUGGAUCAUCUUGUUCAUCUUGUAAAAGUGGUUUCACUGGUACAAGUUGUGAAAUUCCAAUUUGUAAUGGUAUUAGCUCAAUUGACAAGUCAGUUUGUAAUGGAAGGGGAUCCUGUUCUUCAGUCAAUGGUUCAUCUCCAGUGUGUGUCUGUUCAGGAAAUUAUUACGGUGCAAACUGUGGUUCCUUCAAAUGUAAUGGUCUUGAAAGAUCCAACUCUUCAGUCUGUUCUUCAAGAGGUUCAUGUCUUUCACCUGAUACUUGCUCAUGUAAAGGAAACUACGAUCCUGCCUCAUACUGUUCCAAAUGUCUUCCUUCAUACUCUGGUUCUGAUUGUACUGUUGCAGUGUGUGAUAGUGCAACUACUUGUAAUAGUAAGGGUACUUGUAAUGACAAGCUUCAAUGUGUUUGUAGUGGAAACUACGCUGGUACAUAUUGUGACAAGUGUAAAGAUGGUUUUGUAGGUACAUCUUGUCAAUACUCAUGUUCUGCUGCUACUACUUGUAAUGGCAAAGGUACUUGUUCUCAAAUUGGUGAAUGUAUCUGUUCUGGAAAUACUAAUGGAAAGAAAUGUGAGAAUUGUAAUGCUGGUUGGUAUGGAGAUAAGUGUGAUUUCAAUAUUGAUACUACUUCUUUCGAAUUUAAUGAGAAUGGUGAUUCUAUCAUUGCUACUGUUAAGAGCAGUAUCAAGAAGAAGAUUUCAUGCUCUUCUCUCAUUACUAAUACUCAUGUAUUAGGAAGUGAACCUUCCUGUUUGUUGGAUGGUGAGAAGAGUCAAUUGGUUAUUCAACUUGGUCCAAUGGCAACUAUUGUUAUUGGUGGUAGUUUGAGUGUUAGAGCAUACAUUGAUAGUAGUUCAGUUUCUUCUGUAACUGUUAAGGGCACCAACUACAAGUCUGUUGAGCCAUCUGCUUAUUUAACUUCUGACAUUUCUUCUAUUGCUUGUGGUAAUAUGAUUUUGGACUCUUCUGCUUCAUCCUCAUUGGAUAGAAGACAAUUGAUUUUCAGUUAUUCAGCAACUCUUGCUCCUUCUAAUCAAGAUAUUACACUUCUUAACUCACUUAUUAGUGGCUCUACUGACAGCUUUGUCAAAUUCCCAGUUAGUCAAUUAAGUGCUGGUACCUAUUCCGUCCAAGUUGCUGUACAAAGCUCAUUCUCUGGAAAAGUUUCAUAUGCUACUUAUACUUUCUCAGUUACUGAAUCAUCUCCUCCAACUUUGACCAUUAGAAAUGGUGCUUCUAGUUCAAUUACUAUCGGUAAUUCAUUGGCUAUUGUUCCAGUUGUUACAUUCCCAUCUUGUUAUCGUGGAAAUCCAUCCGCAAGUAGUUUGAAAUACACCUACACUCAAACAAGUGGUCCAAGUCUUCAAAUCAAGCAAAAGAAUGAACUUUUGGUCUUUAGCUCAGAUUAUACUCAACUUACCGAAGAAGGUGACUAUGUAUUCACUUUGAAGGCAUCUGAGCCUGGAUAUCCAGAAGCAUCAGUUUCAUUCAAGGUUUCAGCAUCUGCUCUCCCAUUACAAGUUUCUUUCAAUAUUAGAGAUAUGAGUCAAUCUUUGGAAGACAAUGUCAAGUUUAGAAUUACAAAGAAAGAUCCAAGCAAUCCUACUUCUACAGAUGGUCAAGUUAAACUUACUUGUACUGAUUUGGAGACUUUAGCUUCAUGCACUGGUUUUGACAAUGGAUUGAAUAUUGAUCAAUCAACUUUGUUGUUCGAUAAGCAAUUUACACCUGGUAGCUACAUGUUCACUGCUGUUUUCAGCAAGUCUUCAAGAUCUUCAAGUACUUCAGUCAAGGUAAUUGUCACUAGUCAAACUAAGGCAACUUCAGUAAGAAUUUACAUUGAUACUCCUUCAGGAUCUGAUGUUUCAGCUAUUGAUCCAUCCAAUGAUUUGAUCUUGCAAGCACAAAGCUUGGAUCUUCUCUCCCCUCAAAGAGUAUUCUCUUGGUCUUCCAGUGACUUUACCUUUGAUUCUACUAUUGAUUUAACAAAGAAAUAUUUAACAAUUCCAAAGAGUUUACUUGCUCCAGGUGCUUCAUACUCUGUCUCUAUUACUGUCACUGAUGGUGUCAAGACUGGUCAAGCCAGUAUUUCAUUCAUCGUUAAUGCUCCACCAUCCUUAGGUAUUUUUGAAGUUUCUCCAUCUACAGGUGUAGCUUUAGUUGAUGAAUUCAAAGUUUCAUGUGGUAAUGGUUGGUCAGAUUCUCAACUUCCUCUUUCAUUCAAAUUCGUGUUCAGACAAAAGGGAGAAGAAAUUUGGAAGGUAUUGAAAGAAAAGUCUGAAACAAGAUCUUUCAGAACUUCCAUGCCAACUGGUCAAUUGGAAAUCAAGGCUAUUGUUUAUGAUGCUAAGGGCGCUUUCACUGAAACCACUUCAAAUAUUAAUGUCACUACUCCAGUUGAUGUUAGUUCAGCUAUUCAAUCUUUGUCCGUGUUGACUACUUCUACCUUGACUCCUUCCUCUGCUUCAUCAGCUUUGAGUGUCAUUUUGGCAGUUAAACCAACCACAGCUGAAGAUAAACAAAAAUUGGUGGCAGCUGGUUUGAAGAUUGUUCAAGCAUACUUUGCUCAAAUGGAUGCUGAACAAAAUGUCACUUCCCAAACAGAAGCUUCAACAAGUUCAUCCUUGUCUGUUAUUUCCUCAGUCAGUACUUGUGUUGAAAAUCUUCCAGACGAAACUGUUAGUUUGACCAUUACCAAAUUCAAAGCAAUGAUUGAAGGUGCUUACUUGCUUCUCAAACUUGCAAGUCAAGAUAUCAACUCAGCACUUGACAGCGCUGCUUCAAUUCAAACUCACGUUUCCAAGAAGGUCACUUCAAGAUCUGUACUUUUCACUAAAGACGAAGUCAAGAGCAUUGAUUCUAUCAAGGAUACAUUACUUUCACUCCAAUUGAAGAAUGCAGUUCCUGAUAUGCCUGCAACAAGAACAUUCGGAUCUGAUUCUUUCUCUUAUGCAAGAUUACUCAGUGUUUCUACAUUGAGCAGCUUGAAUGAAACCAUCAAUUCAGUUUCAUCAUUCAAACUCUCUGCAACAUUCAACAGUUUGAGUCAAGUUUCAAGCUUGGAUAAUGUCAAAUUAGUUAUGAAAGUUCAAACUCAAGCUAAGGCAGUUUCCAAACUAGUUACUUUCAGAGUAGAAUCCAAUGAUGUAGAUGUUGGUGUUUCAUCCAAUUCCAAUACCACCUACAUUGCUGAAUUCAAUAUUGAAAAGAAUCCAUCAACUAGAAAUAUUAGAGAAACUAGAAAUGUAUGUUCAGUAUUACAAAAUGGUGUUUUGGUUGCAGCAAGUGGAUGUACCAUUUCUUCAACAUCUGGUGGAAUGUUCACCAUUCAAGUUUCUUCAUCUGGAUCUUAUGCCGUUGUCAGUGAAGAAGUUGUUGCUCCACAAGCUUCUCCAAAAACUAGCUCAUCAAAGACAACCACCGUGAUUACAACCAAAUCAAACAAUCUUGAAUACCUUGCCUUCCUCGUUUUACUCGUUCCAGUAAUUGCUGUCGUUGUUAUCAUUAUUAUUGUGGUUGUGUGCUGUCUCAGAAAGAAGAAGACUAAAUACACGAAAGGACAACAUGAAAGAAACUUUGAAGACAAGUCAUUCAUGGAAUUGAAUGAAAUGAGAGAAAUUUAAACCUAAAUAAAAUUUAUAACCAUUAAUUAC